ACAUCGAUUGUUGGUUUGUGGCGCGAGAUAAAAAAUGCUUGUGCCCAUACACACUCCUUCAUGUGGCCUCUCUUCGUUCACUCGCUAACCUCUGAUUGAUCAUCGAUCGACUGCUUGCUAUGGCUCAGCAGGCACAUGAGGUGCAAAUGGAAGGACGCAGAGAUGGUGCCUGCCCGCUGCUUGUCAUGCCCUCCUGUUCAAGAUCUGGAAAUGAUCACCAAGAGCUUGACUCUGCUGACGCUUUCAGAGAGGCGCCAGCUGAUCCGAGGAAACCGUCGUCAGGAAUGACUAGUAGUCUGUUGCCAGCACGGAGCAUGAGGUCUACCGGAGCUGGAGACGACGGCCAGGUGGCAGCGGCAGUGGCGGCGGCCGGCACUCGCUCCCUCUCCUUCUCCAAGCUGUUCAGCUUCAGAAUUACAUCUGCCCAUUCUCCGUCACUGUCGGCCGUGGAUUUUGAUCAUCAUCCAGAUUCUGCAGAUGCGGCAAGCAGUGAUCAUCACUCGUCUUCUGCAAACGAUGAGACGAUGAAGACGAAGACGACGAAGCAAACGAGUCACCGUAUGAACAUCUGCCGCUCCCAGUCCGUGCCCAUGAGUACGCUGUCCAGAUUCAGCUCGAAAGGAGGAGGAGGCUCCAGCAGAGUGGCGGACUCGAGCUCGCUUCGUGUUGCUGACGGCGGCAGCGUACGGUUCAGGGUGUCGGUGAUAGGCGCCGCCACUCCUGACGGCAACAAUGGGGACGCCGCGGAGGCCGCGGCGGAGGAGGAUGCCGGAAGCGUGGUGGCGGACGAGGAUGCGCUGGUGUGCCGGAUCUGCAUGGUGGCGCUGUCGGAGGAGGCCGGGGGCGGGGCCGGCAGUGGCACGCUGAAGCUGGAGUGCCGGUGCAAGGGCGAGCUGGCGCUGGCGCACGGCGACUGCGCCGUCAAGUGGUUCAGCAUCAAGGGCAACGCCACCUGCGACGUCUGCAACCACGAGGUGCUCAACCUCCCCGUCACGCUGCGGCGCGUCCACGACCGGCAGCAGCUCAUCCAGGAGGCCGUCGCCGCCGCCUCUGCGGCCGGUGACGACAUCACCGGCAACCAGCGAGGAGGAUACAGGUACGGUCGCGUGUGGCGCGGCACGACCAUCCUCGUCAUCGUCAGCAUGCUCGCCUACUUCUGCUUCCUGGAGCAGCUGCUCGUCGGCGACCACGGCACGGCGGCGCUGGCCAUCUCGCUGCCCUUCGCCUGCGUGCUCGGGCUCUUCUCCUCUCUCACCACCACCAAGAUGGUGUCGAGGAAGUACGUGUGGAUAUACUCGGCGGUGCAGUACCUCUUCAUCGUGCUCUUCACCCACCUCUUCUACAGAUACGUGCGGCUGCAGGCGGUGAUCGCCAUCAUCCUGUCGACCUUCGCGGGCUUCGGCGUGGCCAUCUGCGCCAACGCCGUCCUCCUCCAGAUCAUCCGAUGGAGAGCCAGGCGCGCGUCCACGUCGGCGGCUAGGGAGGAAGAGGAGGCCAGCCGUCGUGCUCGUGCUCCCGCACAGGCGGAUCUUGAGAACGGUCUGCCUCCACGCUAGCAACAAUCCAGAUAGCUUUGCUUGCAGAGGCCCAGUCCGUCAGCCCCGGCACUUUCACUUCGGUUUGGCUUGGUUUGUAUAUACAUGUAUAGUGAUGUAUACAUAUACAAUACUAAUAGCAGGUAAAUACUAGUAAUACAUAGCAAGCUAGCCCAUCUUGUCUUUGAGAAAACGAAACGAAUUUUUGUGACAGAGCGGAUUUGUUUGAUUUUUGUUUCCUUUCUGGAUCAGGAGUUAUGUUUCAUUAAUCGGUGGUUGGGUGUGCGGUCC